AUGGUGUUGGGACAGGACAGUAUACGCCCAAACCAGCUAUCUUUAGCCCUGUUCGUGACCCCGCAGGAAAUGUCAUGGGGAAAAGCAUUGACAGUGUCCACCAGGCAGGCCGAUGAGACCCAGGUAGAAGCAACACACACCCCGAGCAACGCAGAUAAAAGCGCGAACGGUCUCACGAUUGACGAGCCUCUUCACCAAGUGAUGCAAAAUCUGGAGAGGUGCGGGACAUCUGCUGACACUCCGCAGAAGAUGGGUCAUUAA